UGCUUAGUUUCACUUGAGUCUUCGUUUAGAAGUGAAACUCGUCGUCGGUCUGGACGGUUUUGCGCUAGUUAGUAAUACUAAUAUUAUUCAUAUUACUACUAUUGUGAAAAGUCUUUAAUGUAUGUGCUAGUUACAUGUACAGUCGGGUACCGCUAGAAUAUCGAAGUUUGCAGUGACUCAGUUUACACUUACCUCUUAAUAAGGCCUACUAUUUUGAAAUAGAGUCGCCGAAGAAAAUUUCGGACAGAGAAAAACGCGGAGUUCUUCAAUGUAGUAUAGUGUUGUUGGACUAUAGAAAACUCGCUGCUCCGGAAAAUAUGGAUCGCGGUGAAAAUAAAAGUGUAUGAAAAAUCGUAUCACGUGCAGUGUGUUUUCAUUUUCGUUGUUUUUUCUACUCAAUUCAAAACGUUUCCUAAACAAAACUUUCGAACAUGAAGGGGAAAGAAAAGUUGUGUGCAAAAUUGUCCAGUACGUUUUUACGAAAGUGGUGGUUUGUUGUAGCAGCGUCGGUGCUGUUUGUACUAUUAGGGAUAAUAGUAGCCGUAUUUUUUAUGACCUGGGUCAAAUUAGUUAUAAAUCACGAAAUACUUUUAAGAAAUGGGUCGCAAGCUUUCGGGUGGUGGGCUAAACCUCCAGUAGUGCCAGUAAUUAGGAUAUAUAUUUAUAAUGUAACAAAUGCUGAUGAAUUUUUAAACAAUGGUACCAAACCAAUUUUGGACGAAAUCGGCCCCUACACAUACGUAGAGACAUGGGAAAGGAGAAACUUGAAAUUCAACGACAACGGCACGGUGUCAUUCAACAUGGAAAAAAUUUACGUUUUCGACGAAUCCCAAUCGGUUGGGUCAGACGAGGACGUGGUGGUUGUCCCAAACGUCCCAAUGUUGAGUGCUACAUCACAAUCAAAACAUGCGGCUCGCUUUUUACGUCUGGCCAUGGCUAGUAUAAUGGACAUACUAAAACUAAAACCAUUCGUCGAAGUUUCUGUCGGCCAACUGCUCUGGGGGUACGAAGAUCCACUUUUGAAACUUGCCAAAGACGUUGUACCGAAAGAACAAAAGCUACCCUACGAAGAGUUCGGGUUAAUGUACAAUAAAAAUGGUACUUCCCCUGACAGGGUGACCGUCUUCACUGGGGCAAACGAUAUAACAAAGUAUGGCCUCAUAGACAAAUACAAUGGGAAGUCUCAUCUGCCGCAUUGGCUAAGUGACAAAUGUAACACGCUGUUGGGAUCGGACGGUUCUAUUUUUCCCCCGUCGAUAACCAAAAACACCACCCUCAAAAUAUACGACAAGGAUUUGUGUAGAUUAUUACCCCUUGUUUACGAAAAAUCGGUUAUGGUAAACGAGGUUGAAGCAUACAGAUUCACCCCUCCAGUUGACGUUUUCGCACCACCUGAACAGAACCCGGAUAAUCAAUGUUUCUGCCCCCAUGGGCCGCCCUGUGCUCCAAACGGUCUCUUCAACGUGUCUCUUUGUCAAUUUGAUUCUCCAGUCAUGCUUUCCUUCCCGCAUUUCUACCUAGCAGACGACAGUCUUAGGACUGCAGUAGAAGGAAUUUCACCACCAGAUAAGGAAAAGCAUCAGCUUUACGUUGACGUCAAUCCCAUUAUCGGUACUUCUAUGUCUGCCAGGGCCAGGAUACAGAUCAAUUUGGCGGUAUCCCAGGUCGUGGACAUCAAACAGGUGGCCACAUUCCCCGACAUCGUCUUUCCAAUCAUGUGGUUCGAAGAGUCAAUUGAUGGUCUUCCUCCAGAAGUGACAAAUUUGAUGCAAUUGGCAGCGAAUGUCCCGCCAGUAGCCCGUGCAUGCAUUACUGGUAUCCUAGUCAUUAUCGGAUGCGUGAUGCUCUUCCUUGCCGUGUGGAGAUUGGUCAGGGGUGCCAACAGGCUCAGUUCCUUGCAUCUUUCCACAGGUCACCAUGGCACAGUUCCACAGACCACUAAAGAUAUGCCAAUGGGCAACGUGCCUAGACGUUAGGAUUAAAUCACAAGAGCCAACAACAAAUAAACAUAAUCCUCCUCUACUUCCUCUUCUUUUACCUUUUUAUCUUCUUUUUAUUAGGUAUAUGCUUUAGUCAAAUGUACGUAAUAUUGUUUUUGUAGUCGAGACUUUUUGACGUUUUUUUCUUCACAACAGUACAAUUUUUUGUUUUUCUAAAAUUGUGCAUACACUUUUGUACUACGAACAUCCCUAAUUUUUUAUUGUUCAAUGUUUUUUUUUUGUUAUGUAAUUGUAAAAUAUAUUUUAUAUUCGUCCUUAUUUGAGUAAUGACAAUGAUAUAAUACAGUACGUUGUACAUUCCUACAUUUACAUACAAAUGACAAUAUAUAUAUUUAUAUAAAUAUUAAUAAUACAUUACGUUAAAGUACCUGUGAAUUUUGUGGCAAAGAAGAUAAUUGAAAUCGACAAAGUUUUACUUUUACUUCAAUUUUUGGAAGGUGUGGUAAUAAACAAAAGAAAUCCAUCCAUUUAAUUUUAAGAUAUACAUGGCGUUCCAUAAGAGUUUUCAGAAAAAUAUAUCUACCAAACUAUUCUACGGGAAAUUUUAAGCAGCUUUUUCCUUUACAGUUUUCCGAUCCAUUUGGAAAUCAACAAGUUAUUAGCGAUCAAAGGUUACAAAAAUCGACGCAUAAAAGUAAGUUUUGUUUUAAGAAGUAAACCUGGCUGAUAUUUCAAUUGUUAAUAGCGAUUCGCUUGUUUUUAUUUGCACUAAAUAAAGCCUGCUUCAAUUAUUGGUACAGUAUUAAAAUUUUCAAUUGUUAUUAACUCAUUAAUUGCAAGUUAUAUCGAACAAUUUUAAAGGAAAAUUUGUUUCAAAAUUUCACGAAGAAAGGAAUGAUGUACUUUUUCCCUUUUGAAACAUUUCUGGAACGCCGUGUAUGACACUAUUACUUAAACAGACGCUGGUACUUAAUAUGUAAUAUCGUUUUUUAUAUAAAUUAUUAUUCUAUUUCCUAUUAAUAUUCCUCAAACAAA